ACCAUUUCCUGCUCUCGCUUACCUGCAACAAGAUGGAUAGCUUUAGAGUCGCUUUAGUGUUGGCUGUAGUUUUACAUGUGGUUUUGGCUGCCCCUAAAUUGGCAGAUAAACCGAUACAUGCAGAAUCUGAUGACAUUUUACAGGAACUAAGUGCAAUGGGUAAAGAUUUGCAUAGUUCAAUUAUGAAAGUUGUUCCAAGUUCUAAAGAUGUCUCCAAACUUUUAAUUGACGCGUCAAAGCAGUUUGCUGGAGCCGUUGAAGAUAUUACAAAGUCCAUUAAAACAUAUACGAAAAGGCAUCAAGGAACUGUCGAUGAUGGUCUGAAGGAGAUUUCAGCCAGACUAUUGCAAGUUGUUUCCGUACUUAAGAAAAUAAGCCACACCGUUCCCGAGAAAGCAACUGGUAUUGUGGACACUAUUUCGGCUGAAGCUCAAAAUGUUCUUGCGGAAGCCUCCCAAGUUCAGGAAGCGGUAAAAGUUAACCUAAAGGAUGUUCAGGAGAAUGUAAUGACCAUCGCUGAGAAAUUAUACACCGAGCUAAUCAACGCAUACACACGGCUAGAGAAAGAUGUAAAUCACGCUUGGGCUCAGAAAUCUUAAAAAACGCUGUGACAAUGGAGCAUUUCUUUAGAAUAUUAUUGUGAUAUAUACUUAUUGUAAAUAAAUAUACUUACUUC